UGAAUGGACGAACGAAUGACCAGGCCUGUGCCCGCCGAGCGUCCUCAGGCCCACGGCCCCGCGGGGCUGGGGGCACCCAAGUGGGCGCCCGGGGCCACCGGCCCCCAACCUCCGCCUACGGCGGCCGGGAGGCGUCAACGCCACUUCAGGGCGGAAGAGCCGCCCCAGGCUGCCGACCGACCCGCGGACACGCAGGCGCGUGCACCCGCACUUCCGGGAGGUCACUUCCUCCCCCGUCGCCUAGCAACGUCUGGAAGCGUUGCUGUCUUCCCGGGCAGCGGUGACGCCGGACUGAGCCGCGUUUCGCACGAUGGUAAAUCUGGAGCCUCCGUCUGCGACCCGGCGCUUCAGGCGGAGGUGGAAGAAACCCUAAAGAGGAUCCAGAGCCAUAAAGGGGUGAUGGGAACUAUGGUCGUGAAUGCAGAAGGCAUUCCUAUCCGAACAACCUUGGACAACUCGACGACGGUUCAGUACGCGGGUCUUCUUCAUCAGCUGACAAUGAAAGCCAAGAGCACGGUCCGUGACAUUGAUCCUCAGAAUGACCUCACCUUUCUCAGGAUCAGGUCAAAGAAACAUGAAAUCAUGGUAGCCCCAGAUAAGGAAUAUCUUCUGAUCGUCAUUCAGAAUCCAUGUGAAUAGACCUGCUACGGCCCAUCCUGUCCUGUGAUGCCCAGUUGCAAAUGCUUUAUUUACCCCUUAGUUAUUACCAAGAUUAUAUUCCAAUCUGAUCUUUCAGACAUUAUUUACUAUUCUCACAAACUAUUCUGCACGUCUCAUUUAGUCCCUUUCAAACGUAUUGUAAAGUUGUGAUUUAGUGAUGUAAUAAUAAAUGAAUUCUGGUA